GCUGCUUGCAUUACUUGUGUAAGCUUCUUCAGCUCCACUUAAAACCCUAACUCAGAAUUUCUCGCCCACCACAAAAUUUUAUCGCAAAAUCUCCAAUUGUGAAAGAAAAAGAGGAAGACAAAGACAGAAAAAAUCAUGGGAACGCAUACACCAAACCUCGAGUGCCGGAUGUACGAGGCCAAGUACCCGGAGGUAGACAUGGCGGUGAUGAUUCAGGUGAAGAACAUAGCCGACAUGGGCGCGUAUGUUUCGCUGCUCGAGUACAACAACAUUGAAGGCAUGAUCUUGUUCUCUGAGCUCUCGCGCCGUCGGAUUCGUAGCGUCAGUAGCUUGAUCAGGGUUGGUCGCAUCGAGCCUGUCAUGGUCCUCCGUGUUGAUAAAGAAAAAGGCUACAUCGACUUGAGCAAGAGAAGGGUUAGUGAGGAGGAUAUUCAAGCUUGUGAGGAGAGGUAUAAUAAAAGCAAGCUUGUUCACUCUAUUAUGCGUCAUGUCGCUGAGACUAUGGGCAUUGAUUUAGAGGACUUGUACGUCCAUAUUGGCUGGCCUUUGUACCGGAAAUAUGGCCAUGCUUUUGAGGCAUUCAAAAUCAUUGUAACUGAUCCUGAUUCAGUUUUGAAUUUGCUAACACGAGAAGUUAAAGAAAUUGGCCCUGAUGGACAGGAGGUAACCAAGGUAGUGCCUGCUGUGACAGAGGAAAUCAAAGAGGCACUGGUGAAGAAUAUUAGGAGAAGGAUGACUCCACAACCACUGAAGAUUCGGGCUGAUAUUGAAAUGAAAUGUUUCCAGUUUGAUGGUGUUCUUCACAUUAAGGAUGCAAUGAGGAAAGCCGAGGCUGCAGGCAACAAAGACUGUCCUGUGAAAAUUAAACUGGUUGCUCCUCCACUUUAUGUUCUUACGACGCAAACCCUGGACAAGGAGCAAGGUAUAUCAGUUCUUAACAAGGCAAUUGCUGCUUGCACUGAAGCAAUAGAGCAGCACAAGGGGAAGCUUGUUGUGAAGGAGCCACCAAGAGCGGUGAGUGAACGAGAUGAUAAAUUGCUUGCCGAGCACAUGGCUAAGCUACGAAAUGACAAUGAGGAGGUUAGUGGUGAUGAGGAUAGUGAAGAAGAAGAAGAUACAGGGAUGGGAGAUGUGGAUGUGGAAAAUGCAGGUCCUGGCAUAACGGAGUAAAGUAAAAAGAUGGUUACUUGUUUUAUUCUGAACCAAAAUUUUUGAACAAGCAUUAUGGCGGUUGUAAAAACUAAUUGCGCAUAUUGUAUUGUUGAGCUGUUUUUGCCAAAAUACCGGAUCAUUGAGAAGGUUUUAGUGGAGCAUACGAGGUAUCUUGUGACAUCAAUAUUAAGCAUAUGGUGUUGCUAUUGUGCAAAAAUGGUCUCUCCCUUCCUCCCCUUGAGAUUGUAUUGCUGUUGCACUUGUGUAUGUUAAUUUCUUUCUUUUUA